AUGGCGUGGAGGCUGCUCUGCGGGUCUUCAGAAGGCUGCGCUGAUGUUCUUUACGGGGUCACCAGAGACCACCAGACGAGCAGCAGCAGCCGGCCCAGCAACGGCUCCGGGCAGGGCUCGGGCCGCAAGCCGCGCCGGCGCCGCACGGCCUUCACUCACGCUCAGCUGGCCUACUUGGAGCGCAAGUUCCGCUGCCAGAAGUACCUGAGCGUGGCCGACCGCGGCGACGUGGCCGACGCGCUGAGCCUCAGCGAGACCCAGGUCAAAACGUGGUACCAGAAUCGGAGGACCAAAUGGAAGCGCCAGAACCAGCUGCGCCUCGAACAGCUGCGCGCGCAGGCGCAGGGCGAGCACGAGCUGCCCGCGCUGCCGCUGGCGUGCGCGCUGCUGCCGCCCUACCCCGCCUACAUGCACUGCCAUCUGUGAA